AUGGUCAUUCCAAAGAUAUUGAAGCCUAGCUACUGGGUAGACAUCUUCCUCACCUUAUUUUUGAAAAUCGUAUUAGCGAUAUUAUUAAAAACGCUAUACUACAUUAAAGGGGAGGAGGUUAGAGUAUCAAAAGUUGAAGAAGAAUUUGAAAAUCAUCACGAAAUUGCUUGUCCACCACUUGAAAUAAGAACUUCACACAGUACUAAUCGUAAUAAUCAUUCGGAUAUUUUACCAUUUGAGUUUAAAUGGAAACAUGGUGGAAACGACGUUACCGUCACGGGCGAUUUCGAUAAUUGGCAAUGCACUCAUAAAAUGAAAUAUAAUCCUUUAUCCAAUGAUUUUGUUGCUGUUGUUGAUAUUGAUCGUACAAAGCAGCAUGAAUUCAAAUUCGUUGUUGAUGGAAUGUGGCAACCAAACUGGGAUUUACCAACACAAAUAGAUGAACAUGGAAAUGUUAACAACGUAAUCUAUGGCUUGCCAUCUAGUCCAUUGAAUACCGAAUUCAGAGAAUAUUCUGCUCCUUUCUCUCAAUUUGCCGCCGCUUGUUAA